UCGCCCUGCCUCUUCCCUUCUCUCUGUCAAACCACCGUGGGGCCCCGCGUCUCUCUGUCCUCUGCUGUCACUGGCCCGGUGUCACCCUCCCGGCAUCAGCCUCCAGGCGUGGAGCGGCACAGCCUUAGCAGGAUGGCCAGUCCCAACACUUACCUGCGGCAGCCCUGGCGCAUGGUGCAUGGCAUCCCCAUGGUGAACGCCUUCGCCCACGACUGGGGGAGGAUCGACACCUUCCAGAGCCGCCCCGAAGACAUUGUGGUGGUCACCUUCCCCAAAUCUGGCACCACCUGGGUCAGUGAGAUCGUAGACAUGAUCCUGCAAGGCGGCGAUCCAGAGAAGUGCAAGCGGGACAUUAUCAGCAAGAGGGUGCCCAUGUUGGAGUUCUAUGCCCAUGGGGAGAUACCAUCAGGGACGGACCUGCUGGCCACCAUGCCUUCGCCCCGCAUAGUGAAGACUCACCUGCCUGCACAAAUCUUGCCCAAAUCCUUCUGGGAAAACCGCUGCAAGAUGAUCUACGUGGGCCGCAACGCCAAGGACGUGGCUGUCUCCUUCUACUAUUUUGACCUGAUGAACAAGUUCCAGCAGGACCCUGGGACAUGGCCCCAGUACCUGGAGGAGUUCAUGGCCGGCCGAGUGGCAUAUGGCUCCUGGUACAACCACGUCAAGGACUACUGGGAGAGGAGGAAGGAUCACCCCAUCCUCUACCUCUUCUACGAAGACUUGAAGGAGGACCUCCGCCGGGAGAUUGUCAAGGUGGCCCAGUUCCUGGGGCGGGAGCUGCCGGAGGCGGCGCUGGACGCCAUCACCCGACACACCUCCUUCGAGGCCAUGCGGGACAACCCCACCACCAACUACAGCAUGGUGCCCCCCCAGUUCAUGGACCACAGCGUCUCCCCCUUCAUGCGCAAAGGCACUGCUGGAGACUGGAAGAACCACUUCACCGUGGCCCAGAACGAGCGCUUUGACCAGGACUACACGCAGAAGAUGUCAGGCACCGACCUGCGCUUCCGCACCCAGAUCUGAGACAGUGCUGUCAUGUGCCCCCCCACACACCCAGCAUCACCAAUCCCACUCCCCGACAGCAGCUCCAGCACAGCCUCAGCCUGCCUGUGUCUCACUGGCCUCUGCAUGCCAGAAGGACUUUUACAAAAAUAAAAGGUUUUAUUUCUAUGUAUUCCUCCCAAAUCUGCAACCAUGUGAAAGCUGCUGCAUUGCUACAAAGCGCUGUGGAGCCUCAUCCCACUUGGCAUCGCCCCAGCCCCACGUUGCCUGCCCAGGCCAUGUGUAGGAUACUCCUGUGUGGCUUCAUUUGGAGGAAUAAAAAAAGUCAGGAUGUGGCAUAGAGGCGUUUCCAGCAUGUGGUGAAUAAAAGUUGCCAGCAGCUUCCACAUGCACAUCUCUACCACGGCAAGGGCUCACACAGGGUCCCACAGCCACCGCCUCCUGCCUCAGAACCCCCUGCUGAUGUCACACUUUGGGUGGGGACAGGACAGGACAGGGCACGGUGAUGGCCAUGCCCCCCCCACUGCUGGGCCCAUGUGGAAGAGACGAGGUGAGCGGGAUGGGAACGAAACCUGUCCCAGGGUGGCCAGGAGAUGGACGCAGCCUGGGGAGCGUGGGAUCAGUCCUUCUGCUCAGGAGCAACGAGAGACGAUUUUGCUGCUCGCUUUUGUGCUGUUCCAGGGACCUGAAAGCAGUUAUGCUGGGCCAGUCUCCCCGCAACCACAUCAUUCAUCAGGUAUGGCAGGUCCCGGGGGUCGGAGGAAAGGGUCCCCUCGGCCAUUCCCCCUCCCACCAUAGCCAGGAAAACCACAGCUAAAGGAACGGCACUGCGGAAAGCUGGUGCUUUAAAAAUAGCUGGUUUUCUGUUGCAAUCAUUUAAGAAAACGAAGCUGCGAGUUGGACGGUCAUUGGGUCCCAGUUCCUCAGAUGCUGUCCGCUCCUGCCAGUGUUCAUCAACCUCUCUUCUCUUUGGUACAUGUGCAAAACAAACUUGCCUGCAACCUGGAGGAAAUAGUCAUUGUAGGCAUGGAGCAUCUCUGAAGAUGUGAUUUCUUUCUCAGGAGUGGGUGAAAUAGGCAAAGAGGUUAAAAAAAAUGACCAGGGAUCUGGGGCACAGGCCAGGUGACAGGGAUGCAGUCAGGCACAACCCAGCACGGAAACAGGGGCUACUGGAUGUGAAACGGUUCUGCUGUGCUCCAGGGAUGAGACCGACAGUCAGGUGGGACCUGUCAGGAAAUACAGGCAACAAAACCGAGUUAAAUGCCAUCAUUCAGCAAAAUCCCUGGAAUGUGGCCAUUAGGUACCACAAACCCAACAAAAGUGGGGGUGGUGGGCAUAGCUCUUACCUACUUGGAUGUGUGGGAAGAAAGUAAGGAGAAAAAGAGAAGAUACAGAACUGUGAUCCCCCCUUGGAAGAAAUGUUAUUUUAAGUCAUAAUAAAAUAAUUGCAAAUGA